GCUUGCUUCUCGUUGUGUUGCCUUCUUCUGCCCCAUUGAUCCCUAUGGCGGUGCCUUUGCCCUUGUUUUGGGGGGCCCUGGUGGGGCUGUGGCUCAGGUGUGGGGGCUCCUCGGCAGAGAGGCACCUCGUCUUCUGGAACAGCAGCAACCCCAAGUUCCAGCGAGGAGGCUACACGGUGGAGGUGCGCCUGAACGACUACCUGGACAUCCUGUGCCCGCACUACGAGGCGGGGGCCUCGGGGGUCCCGCCGGGGUCGAUGGAGCGCUACACGCUCUUCCUGGUGGAGCGGGAGGAGUUCCUGUCCUGCCGGCCCCGGUCCAAGGAGCAGGUGCGCUGGGAGUGCAACCGGCCGGACGCCGCCCACGGCCCCGAGCGCUUCUCCGAGAAGUUCCAGCGCUUCACACCCUUCACCCUCGGGAAGGAGUUCCGACCGGGACACGACUACUACUACAUCUCAAAACCAAUCCACCGGCAUGGAGACGACUGCCUCAAGCUGCGGGUGACGGUGGCCGGGAAGGACGCUCGGACACUGCCCGGUCCCAAUGACCCGACCCCAAAGGGGAGGCUCCAGUCAGAUGACCCGGAUGCCCCGAUGUUGCGCAGCGUGGGUCACAACACGGCUUCACGGCCUUGCGGCGCCUUCCCGUUCCUGGGGAUCCUCCUGCUCGUGAUGCUGAUUCCGCCUUUGGGUCCUUGAAUGGGACUGGCCCUUUGGCCAAAGACUGACCCUUAAGUCGAGGGAGGAACGGACCCGUCCCUCCGAAGCCAAAGUCCGGCAACUCAGGCCGGAGACGGACUUCUUGUCGGACACUCGACCUCCGUGAGGUGCGACGUCCAAAGCUGCAGCUCCUUUGGAUUUGUGUACGGUGCAGAUAAUUUAUUGGACACUCAAGUGCGGCCAUCUGUCGGGAAGGCUUGGCUUGUGCUCUUCCGGCCUGGUGGAAAAGGGGGUUGGACUGGAUGGCCUUUAGAGGACCCUUUAGGAUUCGAUCUCUCUCCCUCUCUCUCUUCUUUGGAGGGUUUCAAACAGAGGCAGGAUGGACAUCUGUCAGGAGGGAUUGGGUAGUCUCUCUCCUUGGGAGAAGAAGGUUGGACUAGAUGCCCUUUGGGGUCCUCUUCCAACUCUAGGAUUCCAUCUAUUAUGACAGAAGAAGGUUGGAGUAGAUGUCCUUUGAGGUCCCCCUCCAACUUUGGGAUCUUCUCUGUCUAUUAUGGCAGAAGAAGGUUGGACUAGAUGCCCCUUGGGGUCCCUUUCCAACUCUAGGAUCCUAUGUAAUAUGGCAGAAGAAGGUUGGACCCUUCCAACUCUAGGAUCCUAUCUAUUAUGGCAGAAGAGGGUUGGACUAGAUGCCCCUUGGGGUCCCUUUCCAACUCUAGGAUCCUAUCUAAUAUGGCAGAAGAAGGUUGGACCCUUCCAACUCUAGGAUCCUAUCUAUUAUGGCAGAAGAAGGUUGGACUAGAUGCCCCUUGGGGGUCCCUUUCCAACUCUAGGAUCCUAUCUAAUAUGGCAGAAGAAGGUUGGACUAGAUGCCCUUUGGGAUCUCCUUCAAACUCUAAGAUCCUAUCUAAUAUGGCAGAAGAAGGUUGGACUAGAUGCCCCUUGGGGUACCCUUCCAACUCUGGGAUCCUCUCUAUUAUGGCAGAAGAAGGUUGGACUAGAUGUCCUUUGUGGUCCCCUUCCAACUCUAGGAUUCCAUCUAUUAUGGCAGAAGAAGGUUGGAGUAGAUGCCCCUUGGGGUCCCCUUCCAACUCUAAGAUCCUAUGUAUUAUGGCAGAAGAAGGUUGGACUAGAUGCCCCUUGGGGUCCCCUUCCAACUCUAGGAUUCCAUCUAUAUGUUAAAGCAUUUAAACUGGAUGGCCAUCUGUUGGGAGGGAUUGAAUGGUGUCAUCCUCCGCAGCAGGAAGGAGGUUGGACUAGAUGGGCCCUGGAGAUCCCACUCUAGGAUUCUAUCUUUUUAUUUGUCUCCUUCCGUGGAAGAUUUGAAGCCGAAGCUGGAUGGACAUCUGUCGGGAGGGAUCGAAUUGUAUCUUCCUUCCAACUGUAUGAUAAUCGACAGGCAGGACCUGGAUUGGACCCCCCUUUCGGACACUGAAAACAGGAUUCAUCUCAUUCCACCUUUUUGGGUUGCAAAAAAUUGCAGAAUCUUGGAGACUUGACUUCAGAUCCGGGUUCUCCAGUCGAGAACAACCUAGAACUGCAUUUGGGUUCUUGUUCCUGGUGCAGCUUGGAACCCGGGUUGCAAAAAAAUGCGAAAUCUUGGAGCCUUGACUUCCAAUCCGGGUUCUCCAGUCAAGACCAACCUAGAACCACUUUUGGGUUAUUGUUCCUGGUGCAGCUUGGAACCCAGGUUGCAAAAAAUGCAAAAUCUUGGAGCCUUGACUGCCGACCUGGGUUCUCCAGUCGAGAACAACCUAGAACUGCAUUUGGGUUCUUGUUCCUGGUGAAGCUUGGAACCCGGGUUGGAAAAAAAAUGUAAAAUCUUGGAGCCUUGACUUCCGAUCUGGGUUCUCCAGUCAAGACCAACCUAGAACCACCUUUGGGUUCUUGUUCCUGGUGCAGCUUGGAACCCGUUUGAGCCACUCCUUCCUUCCAAGCGUCUUGGGCGAAGGAGCGUCGACAGGCCAAAGUGUUCGGCCAUAUUGCAUUCCUUGUUAUGGAAUUAUUAUUUUUUUAUAUACAGAAUAAAUGCUCCCCAAUGGAA